ACUUCUGUGGAGGAGAUGCCCGUGAGGCGGACACCAGGAGGCUCCAGGGCACGUCCCCAAGGAGGGAGGCAUCCUGUCUGGUGCUACCCUCACGGCCUCUGAGUGUAGCAGAGGUAGAGCAAGCAGCUUUUCCUGCUGAGGCCCCCUUGCCUGGGCCCGUUCAGUAGCCUGUUGCUGUUGGCGGAAAGCCUGGGCCUCAGAGCCUGCUGGCCAUCAAGGUCGGGCGCCCACUGUGGGGAGAAAGGCAGGCCCAGCCGCAAACCAGGAGCAGCUCCCGGAGCCUCCACAGAAAGCUGGCAGCAUGCCUGCUGACGGCGACUUUCUAACAGGAACUUCCCCAGUCCAGGCACCACACGGCUGGCAGAGCGGAGCUCAGAUGCCGUGUGGGCCUCAGUCCAUGCCCCAGGAACUAGGCGACGCCUUCCUCAUGCCCAGGGCCCCUUGGCUUGUUCUCUCAAUGCCCAGGGCUAUUUCUUCUAUUUCAUUCCAUGGCCCGGGCGCCACCACACACAUUCUAACCGUACCCCAGCUCUCAGCCUGCCACAUCUUUGUAGGCUCCAGUGUCUGGUCCUCAGCAACCCUCUCCACAUCCUGAGCAAGUUUUGUCCCCACAUAACCUCUGGAACAUGAUCCUUAAAAAAAAAAUCUCUCUGAGCCUCAGAUUCUCCCCUGUAGAAUCUUCUCUCAAUGUGGCUGUGUUAGGAGAACACUCUGGAAACUGCAAAAGCUGUGCUCAUACGUAAGGAAUCAGGGCAGUGGCCCAGUCCCUGCCAGGAACUUUGCAUUCUACCUGGAUCCCCUCUCUCCAUGCCUCCCAAGCCUCCACUGAAUUCCCCAGCUCCUCCACCCUUUGGAAAGCAGAAAUGAAGAAGAGGCCCCACUUCUGACAAGUGUUCCCAUGAAUGAGGAGCCAUUGGGAAGAUCCUAAGCCCCCUCCUUUCACAAACAAGGAACUUAAAGCUCUGAGAGGUGAAGGAACUUGCCCAAGGUCACACAGUCAAGGACAGGGGGAAGAGCACAGUCAAGGUAUCCCUAGUUCUCUUGUAAUACUCCCUCCACUUCCCCAUGCUGGCUUGAAGCCUUGUUCAUCCUAAGCCCCAUAUCCAGCCCAACCUAGUCCUGUGAGAAGGACAGGAGCCACCUUUGAGGGCCUCGUCUGAGCCAGAUGUUCUCUUCUGCCCUCCUUUCCCUUCCCUGUGUCAUCAGCCCGUUCACCUCUCCCUCCCUGCCCAGCAGGCAAAAGGCACUGUGCCUCGAGAUGCCUCCCCAGCUCCCCAGCUUCAUGCCUGGCCUAGUGCUUUACUGCUCUCAGCAGCUCUGGGUGUGUCUCUCCCAUCGGACUACGUGUUCCUUGAAGCUCUGGGUCUCCUGCAUCUAGCUCGACAUUUAUCAAUAAAGAGCCUGGCGGUAAGCCUUUUGGCUCAAUAAAUAAGCUCAGUAAACGCUGCUCAGUGAGGAGGAGGAAAGGGAGGCUGAGAAGACAGGAGUGCCGAGCCCGAGAGCCCGGAGGUCGUCCGGGCUCAGUAAACCCCAGAUGAAGAAGCAGCGCUCAGAGACGAGAAGGGAUCGCCCCAAGGUCACAGCCAUCCCUCCGCCCCCCGCUCCUGCUCUCUCCGCCUAGCCUUUUCCCCUCCCAGCCGCCUGCCUGCCAGGGGUAGUGAGCCAGCUGAGCGGCAUGGAGACGCAGGAACUUCGAGGGGCCCUGGCUCUUCUCCUCCUUUGCACUUUCGCAUCUGCCAGUCAGGACCUGCAGGUGAUUGACCUGCUGACUGUGGGCGAGUCUCGGCAGAUGACAGCUGUAGCAGAGAAGAUCCGGGCAGCCCUGCUCACUGCUGGAGACAUCUACCUCUUGUCCACCUUCCGCCUGCCCCCCAAGCAGGGUGGGGUCCUCUUUGGCCUCUACUCUCGCCAGGACAACACACGAUGGCUGGAGGCCUCAGUUGUGGGCAAAAUUAACAAAGUCCUGGUGCGGUACCAGCGAGAGGACAGCAGAGCGCAUGCGGUGAGCCUCCAGCAAGCAGGCCUGGCCGACGGGCGCACACACACGGCUCUCCUGCGUCUCCGCGGCCCCGCCCGACCCAGCCCUGCCCUGCAGCUCUAUGUGGACUGCAAACUGGGAGACCAGCAUGCUGGCCUCCCUGCGCUGGCCCCCAUUCCUCCAGCGGAGGUCGACGGGCUGGAGAUCCGGACUGGACAGAAGGCGUAUUUGAGGAUGCAGGGCUUCGUGGAAUCUAUGAAAAUGAUUCUGGGCGGGUCCAUGGCCCGGGUGGGAGCCCUGAGUGAGUGUCCAUUCCAGGGGGACGAGUCCAUCCACAGUGCAGUGACCAACGCACUCCACUCCAUCCUAGGUGAGCAGACCAAGGCGCUGGUCACCCAGCUCACUCUCUUCAACCAGAUCCUGGUGGAGCUGCGCGAUGAUAUCCGAGACCAGGUGAAGGAAAUGUCUCUGAUCCGAAACACCAUCAUGGAGUGUCAGGUGUGCGGCUUCCACGAGCAGCGUUCCCACUGCAGCCCCAACCCCUGCUUCCGAGGCGUGGACUGCAUGGAAGUGUACGAGUACCCCGGCUACCGCUGCGGGCCCUGCCCCCCUGGCCUGCAGGGCAACGGCACCCACUGCGCUGACGUCAAUGAGUGCGCUCACACUGACCCUUGCUUCCCUGGGGCCAGCUGCAUCAACACCGUGCCCGGCUUCCACUGUGAAGCCUGUCCUCGAGGCUACAGAGGCACCCGGGUGUCUGGUGUGGGCAUCGACUAUGCCCGCGCCAGCAAACAGGUCUGCCAUGAUGUGGACGAAUGCAACGAUGGGAACAACGGUGGCUGUGACCCAAACUCCAUCUGCACCAAUACUGUGGGCUCCUUCAAGUGUGGCCCCUGUCGCCUGGGCUUCCUAGGCAACCAGAGCCAGGGCUGCCUCCCAGCCCGCACCUGCCACAGCCCAGCCCACAGCCCCUGCCACGUCCAUGCGCACUGUCUCUUCGAACGCAACGGGGCAGUGUCCUGCGCGUGUAACGUGGGCUGGGCCGGGAAUGGGAAUGUGUGUGGGACCGACACAGACAUCGAUGGCUACCCGGACCAGGCCCUGCCAUGCAUGGACAACAACAAACACUGCAAGCAGGACAAUUGCCUUUUGACACCCAACUCUGGGCAGGAAGAUGCUGAUAACGAUGGCGUGGGGGACCAGUGUGAUGAUGAUGCCGAUGGGGAUGGGAUCAAGAAUGUCGAGGACAACUGCCGGCUCUUCCCCAACAAGGACCAGCAAAACUCUGAUACAGAUUCGUUCGGGGAUGCCUGUGACAACUGCCCCAACGUUCCCAACAAUGACCAGAAGGACACGGACGGCAACGGGGAAGGGGACGCGUGUGACAACGAUGUGGAUGGGGACGGCAUCCCCAACGGAUUGGACAAUUGCCCUAAAGUCCCCAACCCCCUGCAGACAGACAGGGAUGAGGACGGGGUGGGAGAUGCCUGUGAUAGCUGUCCUGAGAUGAGCAAUCCUACGCAGACAGAUGCAGACAGCGACCUGGUAGGGGAUGUCUGUGACACCAACGAGGACAGCGAUGGGGAUGGACAUCAGGACACCAAGGACAACUGCCCACAGCUGCCAAACAGCUCUCAGCUGGACUCAGACAAUGACGGACUUGGAGAUGAGUGUGAUGGGGACGAUGACAAUGACGGGGUCCCAGACUACGUGCCUCCUGGUCCUGAUAACUGUCGCCUGGUACCCAAUCCCAAUCAGAAGGACUCAGACGGCAAUGGUGUUGGGGACGUGUGUGAGGAUGACUUUGACAAUGAUGCAGUGGUCGACCCCCUGGACGUGUGCCCUGAGAGUGCAGAGGUGACCCUCACAGACUUCCGGGCCUAUCAGACUGUCGUCUUGGAUCCUGAGGGUGAUGCUCAGAUUGAUCCAAACUGGGUCGUGCUCAACCAGGGCAUGGAAAUCGUUCAGACCAUGAACAGUGACCCCGGCCUGGCAGUUGGAUAUACAGCCUUCAAUGGUGUGGACUUUGAAGGCACCUUCCACGUGAACACGGUGACUGAUGAUGACUAUGCAGGCUUUCUCUUCAGCUAUCAAGACAGCGGCCGCUUCUACGUGGUCAUGUGGAAGCAGACGGAGCAGACCUACUGGCAGGCCACACCUUUCCGGGCUGUUGCUCAGCCGGGGCUGCAGCUCAAGGCAGUGACGUCAGUGUCCGGCCCAGGUGAGCACCUCCGGAAUGCCCUGUGGCACACUGGCCACACCCCUGAUCAGGUGCGACUGCUGUGGACGGACCCACGAAACGUGGGCUGGCGUGACAAGACCUCCUACCGCUGGCAGCUGCUGCACCGGCCUCAAGUGGGCUACAUCCGGGUGAAGCUCUACGAGGGUCCUCAGCUAGUGGCGGAUUCUGGGGUGAUCAUUGAUACAGCCAUGCGGGGAGGGCGUCUUGGUGUAUUCUGCUUCUCCCAGGAAAACAUCAUUUGGUCCAAUCUCCAAUACCGAUGCAAUGACACCGUGCCCGAGGAUUUUGAGCCGUUCCGGAGGCAGCUGCUCCAGGGAAGAGUGUGAAGAGGUGGCCACCAGAUUCAGAAUCCUGAUUUUAGACCCUCUGGCCUUGGGGUCCAUCCUGGAGACGCUGGGGUCUAAUCUGCAGCAGUUCAGCCAAACACAGACCCCCCCCCUCUGGCACCCACAGGAGUUUAGCCCCAGAGGGGUGGGACCCCACUGUUCAGGAGUUGGGAAGCUUUCAAGGGAUAUUUUUCUCAGGCACUAACCCCAGGAAAGAUAACACCACAUUGCCAUAAAGUUCCAGUGGUUUUCUAAGCUAGUGCAUGUUGCUUAUUUUAGGGAUU